ACGGCCUUGAAAUCUGGGCGCAUGUUGGCUUCUUUGGCGCAUUUUCUUUUAGCAGUAACCCUCACGAUUUUCCAACAAAACUACUACGGGAACUGCUUAGAAAUGGUUUGUUUUGAUUCGUUUUUAUGAGACAAGUAUAUUCGAUAGAACUUGAAAGAGGUUGCCCUUUCAAAAGACACAAUUUUAUUUUAUAUAUAAAAUUGCAUUAUUUUAAAAAUAUCUCAUUAAAGAUGACUGUGAUAGUUAAGUGAUAAAGGAGUGGUCAAAUAAAAUUAUGUUCUUUUAAAAAUGAUGAAUCAGAAAAAAGAACGACCGAAACUUUCGGUAACUGCUUUACUAUAUGGGUCCGGUUUGCCUUGGUUACAUUCCCCUAUAACUCCGACACUUCCAGCUGAUAAUGGACAACCUAUAUCAAAUAAUGGUGGAGGUAGACCUGUCACUUAUACACCACCUCCCAAAUAUCCACCGAAUCAUCCCUUAAGUGGAUGUAAACAUCUCUGUUCUAUAUGUGGAGAUCGAGCAUCUGGGAAGCAUUAUGGAGUUUACAGCUGUGAAGGGUGUAAAGGUUUCUUCAAAAGGACUGUAAGAAAAGAUCUUUCUUAUGCCUGUAGAGAAGAAAGAAACUGCCUUAUUGAUAAAAGACAAAGAAAUCGAUGUCAGUAUUGUCGGUAUCAAAAAUGCCUUUCAAUGGGAAUGAAAAGAGAAGCUGUUCAAGAAGAAAGACAUCGAACAAAAGAACGACCCGAUAAUGAAGUAGAAAGUACGAGUAGUUCUCAAAAUGGUAUGUCAAUUGAUCGCAUUUUAGAAGCGGAACUCAGAGUAGAACCCAAAUCUGAAGCUCUGGAUACAGCAUGGUAUGUAAAGCAAGAAGAUCCUCCAAAAGAUUCUGUGAUAAAUAUUUGUCAAGCAGCUGAUCGGCAAUUAUAUCAACUUGUUGAAUGGGCCAAACACAUCCCUCACUUUACUCAACUUCCACUUGAAGAUCAAAUGAAGUUGCUGAAAGCAGGUUGGAAUGAGCUCUUAAUCGCUGCAUUUUCCCAUCGAUCUAUUGGUGUUGAAAAUGGUAUAGUGCUAGCAACUGGACUUGUCGUUCAUCGAAAUAGUGCACAUAGUGCUGGUGUUGGAGCUAUAUUUGAACGAGUCCUUGCCGAACUAGUUGCAAAAAUGAGAGAAAUGAAAAUGGAUAAAUCUGAACUUGGUUGCCUUCGAGCAAUUGUUCUUUUUAAUCCAGAAGUCAAGGGUCUCAAAAGUAAUUCGCAGAUUGAAAAUUUGCGAGAAAAGAUUUAUUCCUCUUUGGAGGAUUAUUGUAAACAAAAUUACCCUGACCAGCCUGGGCGUUUUGCAAAACUUUUGCUUCGUUUACCUGCUUUACGGAGUAUUGGACUAAAAUGCUUGGAACAUCUUUUCUUUUUUAAACUCAUAGGUGAUACACCUAUUGAUAACUUUCUUAUGUCUAUGUUGGAAGCACCCAUUGAUCCAUAACAGCCUCACUUGAUCUUCUAAAAAAAUGAGAGAAUGUAGAGUUUAGUAAUUUAUCAAAAUUUCAUGUGAUAUAAAAACAAAAUUUUAUUAAAAAAAUUCUCACUAGUUUUCUAAUAAAAGUUUAUCAUCUGUAUGUAUCAUCUCUUUAUGUUAUUUGCUUUAUAUAUUAAAAUGGGUAAUCUGUUAUAUUUAUUUAUUUAUAUCGAGGGCAUUUAUUGUGUAAUUCUUGCAUUAAACACAUAAAUUAAUUAAAAAAACGGAGUAAAGAUUUUUUUUAAAUGUUAGAUUUUUAUCGGGUCCAACAUCGAUUUCAAAAUUGUACAAUUUAACUACAGAGCACUUUAGGUAAAGCGAUCACAUCACUAAUUAUAAUUAACAUUAUAACGAACUAUAUUUUAUUAAUAUUGUAAUGAUCCCAAUUACGCAGGAAUUACGAUCUAUUAUUUUUCAAUUCAAACAACCUGAGUUUGAAAAUAAGAAAGAAACGCAAUUAAAAUUAGAAUAUUUUUCUAAUAUGUACUUAAAAAUUACAUUCUUAUUUUUAUUCAUACCUUAAAAUUAUCAUGUUUCCGAUUAAAAACAGCUUUCACUGAUGAUUGACCUCCACAUUUUUAUUUUUAAAAGAGUCAAAAAUGUGCCUUGAUAUUGUUUCACAAUAUUUUCUUCGAAAUAUUAUACUAGAAAUUCUAUCAUCUGUAUGUAUCAUCUCUUUAUAUUAUUUGCUUUAUAUAUUAAAAUGGUUGAUCUAUA